CGCGUUAAGACGGACUCAAAGCUAGGUCCUCGCGCGAAAUGGCGGGAACUUUACGAUAACUUUCGUAUCAUAACACGCAGUCAGACAUUUUCAGUAUUUAGACCGAAAUUCAGUAUAAAUAAGCAGUGUAUUUUAUGAAAUGAACAAAGUUUAAGUUAUUAUAUAAAUAGUGGUGGAAGAUUUUUUGAAAAAACGAAGAAUUUUUGAAGCCGGUUACGUGAACUUUUUCAAGUCCAAACAUGAAACCGAGUAAAAAAGAACGACCGAAGUUUUCCAACUAAGGGGCUAUUCAACGUUUUAUUUCUACAAUGAAAAAGUUAAAGAAGGCAGAAGACACCUGCGGUGAAACGUAAACAAAUUCCAAUGCCGGGGCUGAAAGAAAACGUGUCAUAGACAAUGCACAGCCUCCUUGGAGCGGCUGUAGUGUCGGCAUUACUGCAGAUACUGCUUUCCUAUACCGCCGUAAGCGGCGUCAGCUGGGAGGAAUGGUGGACCUACGACGGCAUUUCAGGUCCAGCAUUCUGGGGGCUGAUCAAUCCAGAAUGGUCGCUAUGCAACAAAGGCCGGCGACAAUCGCCGGUCAACUUGGAACCAGAUAAGCUGCUGUUCGACCCCAACCUACGAUUUUUACACAUAGAUAAACAUAGGAUAAACGGUUUAAUAAGCAACACGGGUCACUCGGUGAUCUUCACCGUGGAGAACGAGACACGUCAUCACAUCAACAUCACCGGCGGUCCUCUCUCCUACAAGUACCAGUUCCAUGAGAUUCACAUACACUACGGCCUGCACGACCAGUUCGGAUCCGAACAUGCCAUCAAUGGAUACUCCUUCCCAGCUGAGAUUCAAAUAUUCGGUUUUAAUUCUCAGCUGUAUUCAAACUUCUCCGAAGCCCUACACAAAGCUCAAGGAAUUGUUUCAAUAUCGCUAUUGUUACAGCUCGGUGACUUAUCAAACCCAGAACUAAGAGUAUUGACGGAAGAAUUAGAAAACAUAAAAUACGGAGGUGCAGAAAUGCCGGUUAAUAAGUUGUCGGUGCGAGGGUUGCUCCCGGACACAGAUUACUACAUGACGUAUGACGGGUCGACCACAGCCCCGGCGUGCUAUGAAACUGUAACGUGGAUUAUCGUCAACAAACCUAUUUACAUCACUAAACAACAGUUGCACGCCUUAAGGCGACUGAUGCAAGGCGACGCGCGGCACCCGAAAGCUCCCCUCGGCAACAACUUCAGGCCGCCUCAGCCGCUCCACCACCGAGCCGUGAGGACCAACAUCGACUUCGAUCUCAGCAAGUAUCCCGGGAAGACCUGUCCUAGUAUGCAUCGGGAUAUGCAUUACAAAGCCAAAAGCUGGACACAAUAUUGAAGCAGAUUUCACUACGGUAGGCAUUCUCGUAGCAGCUACGUAGCAAAUAUAUUAAGUAGUUCAUAAGUUUGUAUAUAACUCUUGUACAGUCUUGUUUACGUCUUGCUUAUGAUAAAUGGAGCUACAAAAUGUAUUGUAAGUGUAAUAUACUCAGAUAUCUUAAUUAGCGCUGAUGUUAGGCCUAGACUAAUGUGACAAGUAUUUCUGUUGAGGUAAAUGUUACCUAAUAUUUUACUACGGCCUCUGAUUAGAUAGAGUAUAAUAGAUAUUUUCAGAUAGAUUGUUUGAAACCAUGCCAUAAGUUUUGCUGUAGUAAAUUGUAUACUAAAGGUAGGAAAAUUUAUCUAUAGUUAUAAAUAGGUAUGUUGAAUUAAAAAAAAACUUUUUAUUGUAACU